AGUAAUUGGGAAGAUGGGCAAUGCUAAAAGUGGAGCCCUGUCCAGAGAUCUCCUGGAGGAGCUGAAGAUGAACACCAAGUACAGCGAGGAGCAGCUCUACGUCUGGUACCAGAAGUUCCUGAACGAGUGUCCGACGGGGCGCAUCAGCCGAGAGCAGUUCGAGAGCAUCUACGCGAGCUUCUUCCCCGACGCCGACCCCAAAGCCUACGCGCAACACGUCUUCCGGAGCUUCGACUCCGACAGCGACGGGACGCUGGACUUUAAAGAGUACAUCGUGGCCCUGCACCUGACGUCCUCGGGGAAGACCGUGGAGAAGCUGGAGUGGGCCUUCGCUCUGUACGACGUGGACCGGAACGGCAGCAUCACCAAAAACGAGAUUCAUGAAAUAGUGAAGUCAAUAUUCAACAUGAUCUCCAAAGAAGACCAGAAAACCCUCCCGGACGACGAGAACACCCCGGAGAAACGAACUGAUAAAAUUUGGGACUUUUUUGGGAAAAAAGAAAAUGGUAAGAUAACCGAGGGAGAGUUCAUUCAAGGCGUGAUGGGCAAUAAGAACAUUCUGCGGCUGAUUCAGUUCGACGAGCCCCAGAAGGUCCAAGAAAGGCUCAAAGAGAAGAAGCAAUGAUGUGUUUAGAUCACUGCGACUUGUUUUAGUUCGACUCUUUUAAAUAAUUAAAGUGUAAAAAGUGCAUUUCUGCUGU